CCUCCCUCCGCCGCCCCCUCCAAUCCCAAACCCCGGGACACAAACCGCCCGCGUCGCAGCCUCCUCUCCUCCGGUGGGCGAAACCAAUGGCGCUCUCCCUCGCGCGCAGCCCGCACCCCGCCGCCGCGGCGCCCUCGCUGCCCCGCAUCCCGGGGCGCAUUUCCCAGUACGUCCCGCUCCUCCACUCCCCUCGCCGCCCCUACCCCGGCCUCCGCCUCCGCCUCCCGGCCGCCGCCGUCGCGGCCUCCUCGCCCCCGGAGGCGCCGGCCGCCGAGCCCGCGGCCGCCGCGGAGGGGGACGAGGAGCUGGGGGAGACGCGGCGGAAGCUCUUCGUGGGCAACAUGCCGUUCACCUUCUCCGCCGCGGAGACGGAGAAGCUCUUCGCCGAGUGCGGCGUCGUCAAGGACGUCGAGGUUAUCAAGAUGAAGGACGGGAGGAAGAGGGGCUUCGCGUUCGUCACCAUGGCCACCGCCGAAGAGGCCGCCGCCGCAGCGGAGAAGUUCGACGGCCACGAUGUCAUGGGAAGGAUCAUCAAGGUGGAAUUUUCAAAGAGCUUCAGAAAACCUGCUCCACCACCAUCUCCGGACACCAUAGUCGCGAAGUACAAGCUUUAUGUUUCCAAUCUUGCAUGGAAAGCAAGGUCUGCUGAUCUGAAGGAGUUCUUUUUACAGUUCAACCCAGUUUCUGCCAACAUAGUCUUUGAAGAUAGAAAAUCAGCUGGGUAUGGUUUUGUUUCUUUUGGAACAAAAGAGGAAGCAGAGGCUGCUCUCACUGAACUCAAUGGAAAGGAACUUAUGGAAAGGCCUGUUAUCCUAAGAUGGCGGGAGGACAAAGAAACUGUGAAGGCUGAUGGUGAAGUUGAAGACGUGAAGGUUAAUGAUCAGGCAGAAGGUGUGACGGUUGAUGACAGUGGUGAGGUUGAAGGUGAAGAUAAACAGGAGUAGUCUAAUAGUACUGUGCUGGGAGAAAGUUGCAGUAGCUUAUUGACAAAAGUGCAGAUGCGGAAACUCAUUGUACAGAUACAGAAUAGAGGCGAUAAUUGUAAUCGAAGACUUCAGCAAAGGUUUCUGUCAUGAUGCUGCUAAGAAGAAUGGAAACAGAGGGCAUUAGCCGUGAUCAAGGUUAAACAUCAUCCUUGAGCAGCUGGCUUCAUUAUUUAAUACGAGUCAUGUGCUUAUUGUAGUAAUCAGUACUCAUUUGUACUCCAUUGUGACCAUGAACUGUGUCGUUCCGAGAUACUUGUAGUUUUCUGAUUCUGGACCCAGUUCACUGUAAUAUCUCUUAGCUUGCUGAUCAGCUUUCGGCGAUGAGGCAUUCUCAAGCAGCAACUUAAUAUUUUUCUGUUA